UGGCAGUCCCAGGGGAGGGAGGCAGAGAGCACAGAGCAGAGGCUGCAAAGCACAGGGUUUUCUUUCCCCUCCCUUUCCCCCUCUUUUCCCUCCAAGGAACUGAUCCAGCCCUGCUGUCUUUUGUGGAAAGGAACCUCUCCCAACACACAGCCCUCUUUGGAGACCAAAGAGUCCACUCCGGGAUCCUUCCCUGCUGCUUUGAAGAAGGAGUGCCGAAUCUCCCUAAGGCGCUCACUGCUGUUGCUGGAGCCUUCCAGUUUCAAGCAACCUCUUUUCAUCCUCCCUGCCUUGGCUUUGCCGACUUGGAUCCGCUCUGGCUGUUCUGCACAACCUCAGGAGGAGCUUUCGGAAAAUGUUCCUGGAUUUCCUAGCAGGCUUUCUUUUUUAGGUUGGCUUUGGGAAGCUGGGUGCCAGCCACGCCUCGCCCGCAAGCCUUCAGACCAGAGUCAAUUUUUCCUUCUCAUUCAGACGGAAGGAUUUCGCAUUUACCUGCGCACAAUAUUUUUUUGUGCGUGCGAGUCUCCGACUCCCAGCCCUUAAGUCGAAACUCAGCGCACAUUUUGGGUCGACUGCGGCGACGGCCUUUCUGUCCAGGAUUCGGUUUCCAGCUGUUGCUUAUUCCCCAAGGAUUCCUAAAGCCAGACUACAGACCAAGCUUGUGUGCGGCUUCAAACGUACUUUCCUUCCCCCCUUUUUUCCCCUUCCCUCGAGCCGACCGAUGCCUAUGACUUGUCUACGGUCGCAAAGAUUUCCUGCGGAGCAUACUUCUUUUUAUUGUUUUGGAUGCCUUCGUAUCUGUUUUCGCUAGCGCAGGUCUCAAAGCGGAUAUAUUAAUUCCGAGGUUUGCACAGGAAUGGGAUAAAAAAACAGACACACAGGUGUCUGUUUGCAGUUGUUUUUCCUGUUUGGGGCCUUUUGAAACUUCCGAGCAUCUGAGAAAUGUAUAUGGUUUUUUCCUUGCGUGAAUUUUGGGAGCCGCAGAGAAGAUGCCGUCUGGGUCAAGAAGGACAAAUCAAUGAAGAGUCCAACCUAGGAGAUGUAUUUUAACACUCGGUGUCCAGGUGAAUGAGGAGUCAGCUCCAGAGAGACACAGGGAUUAAUAAAGAAGUCAGUGACAAUUUAACCAGAGGAGGGGGACCUGGGUUCAAUGUUCUUGUUUUGCAAAUGGAAGCCUUACCUUUGAAUGCGUGGCGUCCAGUAGACAAAAGGAGUUAACGUUAUCAGAGGAGAAGUGCAUCCAAAGGGCAACGCAUGGGUCAGAAGUCAACAAGGGCUUUUGUGGCCACCUGAUAUCGGGUCAUUUGGCCCUGUUUGCUGUCUGAGGAUAUCAGAGCCUAAAAGGAUUGGAGACGCACCAGACUGUCUUCCAUGGGGAGCGGUCUCAGCCCAACUCCAACACUCCUCCUAGGAGGACCCAAGACGUCUUCUCCCCCUGCGCCGUUCAUGCACCCUCGGUCUGGUUUGCCCCGUCUGGCUUCAUUUGGAGAAGGACGAGGACCUGAUUUGGGGCGCUUGGUGUCGAGAAGCCCCGAGCCCUGACCCACACACGUGGCAUGAAGAACCCCGUGGCAGCGAAGGGGAGGCGAGUAGCUCUCCAGGCCUGUCGCAUGUGUUUGCCCCGCUGAGGGCUUCUAAUCCUCAACAAUUUUGCCUGCUGUCGGAACCUGCUGGUGGGGUUGAGGAGACAUUCCUGAGCACUAUGUGUGGCCAGAGCGCACUGCUGCAGCUGGGAGCAUGAGUGCUGGCCCCCAGCUACAGCUGGCAGUCCUCUGGCCUUGGCUGUUCAUGGCUACGCUGCAGGUGCGGCUCGGCUACUCCGGACUGGCCCUGGCGGCGGCGGCGGCCAUGGAGGCCGAGCGGUCUUUGGCUCAGAAGGCCAUCAUCCGGGUGAUUCCUCUCAAGCUGGAGCCCCUCAUGUUGGAGGGCGUCUUUGCGAGCGUCGCAGAGGUCACCCCGGCAGAAGGGAAGCUGCUGCAGUUCCACCCCUUGUCUCUGUGCAACACCAGCGAGGACGAGCACACCGUCCCCGGUUUCGUCUCCAUCGUCAAACUGGAACGCCCCGACCUGGAUCGCCAUCCUUGCCUCUCGCUGGCCAACAAGGCCAAACUGGCGGGAGAGAGGGGUGCCCGGGCCGUCCUCUUCGACAUUACAGAUGACCAGAGCGCUGCUGACCAGUUGAGGAAGCCUCGAGGACUCAGCCACCCGGUUGUCCUGAUCUGGGGCCACGACGCCGAACUCUUGAUGGGGGUGGUCAACAAUAACCGGGAGGCCCACGUGAAGAUUGAGGUGAAGGAGAUGCCGGCUUGGCCGGACUUUGACAUUUGGAUCCUGCUCACUGUUAUCAGCACUGGCUUGGUCAUUGUUAUCAUCUUCAUCGCCCGCACUCGCUGCCAGCCAAGGAGGAAUCAGACUGGUGUGCAAGAGGAGACCCUCCAAGCCAUCAACCAGCUGGCCACGCGGAGGUACCAGGCCCGCCGCCGACGCCAAGGACCCCCAAACCGAGACUCUGCCAGCUCUUGCAGUUCUGCCCCCAUCUGCGCCAUCUGCUUGGAGGAGUUCAGCGAGGGCCAGGAACUGCGGAUCAUUACCUGCUUCCAUGAGUUCCACCGCUGCUGUGUGGACCCUUGGCUUCAAGAGCAUCAAACCUGCCCUCUGUGCAUGUUCAACAUCGUUGACGGAGCACUCUCCGCUUUGCCUGUGCAUUCCCACGAAGAUCCACAUCGCCCAGGACCCGGGCAGAGGCCUCGUUUUUUCCGGCAGCACCCAACGCGCGCCUUGCACCAUUUCCCACGGACUCUCCCUCCCGGGAACUGCUCUUCGGCACUUCCCCAUGGCCACCCAUUCUUCCACUCCCCAGAGCUCUCCCAGCUGGAUCUGGGGACUGUGCAUUACCUGCCCUACAGGCCAAGAGGGCUGGAGCCUUGGUGCGGCCACCAGACCCCUCUUUCCCGAGGCCGGUUGGUCCCUCAAUCCCAGGAGUCUUCGGCAUGUGAGCGGCAGGCUCUCCCCUCCCGUAACGGCAGGGCUUGCCUACUUCAGCACCCGCCUUCAUGCCGCCAAGGUCUCCGGGGGACCCUUGCUGCCAAGGCGAAUCGUGCUGCUCCGCUCCAUCGGGGAAUCCGACAAGGGAGGCAUCAUCACCUUCACUACCACCACCAUCACAGCAGUGGCUCGGGGGAGAGCUAUGUCACGGAGCCGAGCGGGUACCUCCCUGACGGACCCGGUAGCGACUCCAGCUCAGGGCCUUGCCACGGCUCCUCCAGCGACUCCAUAUUGAAUUGCACUGAUGUCAGUUUGCAGGCCAUCCAUGGAAGCUGCUCUACUUUCCGUAGCUCACUGAGCAGCGAUUACGAUCCAUUUGCCUUCUGCAGUUCGGAGAAGGCGGCUGCGGAAGACAGGUCGGCGACCGCUCCUUCGUGGAAGGACCCCAGGCCGCGAUCGGUUGACUCUGCGAUAGCAGGCAGAGCCCACCAGGCCAGUAGCCAUGUCCAUUUUCAUCACCACCACCACAGGCAUCACCAUUACGGACGCAGCCCGCCGCCUUCGGACAGUCGGAACAGCAGGUCAAGUCAAGAGCCCAGUCAACGCAAAGCCAAAUAUUCCAGGUCCAAGACCCAUCGCGUCCCGGUGCCAAAAAAGGCAGAGAGAAUCCAGCUGCUUGAAGCAGAGGUCUCCCAAACUGGCCAAAGCACAUCUUUGCCUCCAGGACAGCAUGCAUUCUCUUUUGCAGAGGGAUCUGACUUUGGCGCAAUAGCCGAUGACCCAGCCGGAGCUGUUGGGCCGUGGACUUCUCAGAAACGCUACCUGCAAAUCCAUCCCAGUCGGCGGAGAUGGAAAUGCCCCAUUGAGACUUCCCAGCCCUCUCCCUACAAAGACUCCAACGUGCCCCGAGAUUUUAAUCUCCCCAAUCCUUCCAGUCCCAACAACCCCCAAGAGGUUGAGCCUCUCCUGGCAAACAGCCCCUCCAUAGAUCCUCCCGCAGCCUCACCCCAAGUUUUGCCAUGCUUAGCGCCGCACUCUGCUGUGGAUCUUCCGCAGGAACUGGACGGGUCAGAGCUCCUGGACUGUGGGGCAAUAUCAUCUGGGGAGCAUUCAGGGACGGACACAAGCACUUACCUCAGCUGCCAAACUCAGCAACACCUUCAGGGACCGAAGGAAGAUGCCCCAGACGUGUACGAACAUUCGGUUUGAGAGGAAGCGGGAUUUGCCUGCCGUGUUGGUGAAGCCUGAACCUGACUUUUCCCAAAGCUAAUGAGAGUGGACUUGAUCACAAGCUCUCAAUCCAAUUUUUAAUCCUGAUCCAGACAGUGUCACCCCCCGACACUUGUCUCCACAUUCUUGCCUUAACGCCAGCCAGCUCUUUUGCCUGCCAAAGCCAUAACUCACAUGCCAAACGUAAUCUGCCAGUUUUACCAGUGACCAUCUUGAAGAUGGUUCCUUGAAGGGAUCUGUGUCGCUCUUUUUUAACAUUAGUGAGAGGAGCAGGAGGAGGGCAACGAAUCACAUUUUCAGGAUAGGCAAUAAUAUCCCUCUGUUUCCCAAGAUGUGCUUUUUCUGUGUCAAUGCCAAUCCCACAGUUCCUUAGAAGAGACCCUCAAAUGUUCAAGUGGAAAUUCAAGGGAGUCCCCCAAAGCCCAGCUUCCAAAGCAGACGUGACGCAAUGCAUCAGGUAAUUUGGCAUAUCCUUGCGGAUAGAUCAGCCGGUGCCAGAUGCACAGUGUUAUUGUUUUGCUACCCAGUUGGUGGGAUGCCCAUGUCAUCUUGGCAUAUAUAGUCUGUGAAAGCCAAGUGCCCAGUUAUAUGCCACCAUAUCCCUCCUUGGCCAAGCCCCCUGGUCCUGUCUAGAUUGGAAAGGUGUCGUUGGCCAUGUCCGCAUGGAUGGGCGUCUGCCCACCUCCCAAUGCUUCUCCUCCCAUCCCCACAUCGGUGUGCAGUCCACAGAGUCAGGGGGUUCUCCGGAGUUUCUGGCCUCGUUUGGGGCAAACGGAGAUUCUUUUUACUCCGGAGAAUUGCCCUGGAGUGGGGACUGGACCUGAGCUUUGCCUGUUUUGGCCCUAUGCAUCAUCUGAACUGUUCAGAGAGGGAAUGUGAUGAGAAUGUUUCUUUUCCUCUGUGCGGACACAGCCCUUCUUGCUCCUAAUGUAUGGGAGAAGUUCAGGGUACCUUUCCCAAAACCCGUUUCUCAUCCAUAACUUUUGCCAUCUUGACCACACUCUGGUUUUGCUUGGCCACAUGCAUCCCGGUUUCCCCCUGUGAAAUCUUGGAGGGUAUGGUACUAGUUUAAGGAGAAAUACCUUUGCCCCUUUUUUGGUCCAGGGCUUAAAAGCAUCCUAAAAGUGAGGAGAGCAUCCUAUCUUGGGAAGCAUCAUGGCCCCAAAAUGAUUACAAAAUAGCUUUGGCAGAGGUUUCUUUAGGGAGUCACCCAUAAGAAAGUUGAAAAGCUGGCUCUGCUUUCUUGUAAUGUUUGCUUCAAUGUUAAGGGACCGUUAUUCCAAGAGCAAAUGUGUGAACAAGACAAAAUGGCAAAAUCCACAGAGACGUUGCGAGAUCUUUCCCGAAGGAACAGUUUUCAAAAGGCCUCGGCGCUUCGUUCCUUUUCCCAGCCGGAACGAAAAGACGAAAGGAUACGAAGAAAGGGGGGGGAAACAUGAUGGAGGAAUAUCGACUACUCCAGGCUGAAAAUCCUUUUUGCGUUCGGUCGCGGUUUAUUCGAAAACGGCGACAGAAAUUAGCAUCGAGAUGAGAAAACCAUUCUCUUUGAAUCGCCAUUGCUCCGUUCCCUUUCUCCCGCCAACCUCAGACCCUUUGAAAUGUGAACCAGGAGUUUAUUUUUGUAUUUUUAAAUUCAAUUUCCCGAGCCUUACUUGUUGUUGUUGUUGUUGUUAUUAUUAUUAUUAUUAUUAUAUUUUGGAGGCACUUGGGUACUUUUGUAAAACCGAACCAAAAAAACGGAGGGGAAAAACAAAAACACAAUGUUUAUGUGUAUAUAUAUAUAUAUAUAUAUAUAUAUACACGUAUGCGGAAAAAUGAGAUAUUUAUGUCAAAGAGACAGAGAUUGUUUGAAUACGGGGGAAAACGUGUGCGUUUUAUUUAUUUUGCUAAUAUAUUUAUCCACUUGUAAAGCUGUUCAGUGGCUGUUGUCGUUGUUGUUGUUAUUUUUUCCACUAUAAAGCCAUUGGGGGCCUAUG